AAUGAUUUUAAACUAUUUUCAUGCCCGACAGCAGAAAUCAAUUGAAUUUUUUUAUAAAAAAAAUAUCUCAAUUGUUCGAACUCGAUAGAACUGUGAUUGUGCAACAAACAUAAGAUUCAAAACUCAUUACUAGAUGUCGCCACUGUCGUUCUUGUUGUUACUACGCCUGUCAUGAAACGAGGUGAAAUGGACGCAAUGGACGAAACAAAAUUGUUGCUAAUUAUACUUAUAUUCCUGUGAUUUCAAAUAACAAAUUGAGCUUCGUAUCUAAUAUGCAUAGCUACUGUCAGUCAUCCCAACAAGUUGACUUAGUGCUCAGUCACUUUCCAUCCAUUAGAUACUCAUGCUGUCAAAAGCCUAAAACUCAUGUUUGAAGCACACAUAUAGUGGUAUACAAAUGUGUGGAGAUAAGGUAUUUUCCCAUUACUGCUACCACAAAAACCACACUACGUCAAAUGCCUUACUACAUCAUCACCCAUAUGAUAAAGCAUCAGGAAAUUUAUCCCACCCGAGGAGAAAUGCAGUUGGUUGCUGUAGUUCCAUUAUCACGGUUUUUCAUCAUGAACAUUUCAGUGUGCUUCUUAGAAAAGAGCAAGCAAGAUCCCACAGACAUCUUUGAGCCAAUGCUGGAUUUUGUCCAUCACAGAAGAGGGACUUCCACCAACGUUCUGCUCCAUCCUUAUCUUCAAGACUCAUCCAGUUUCACAGCUUCAGUGCUUCUUAUGCUGCUAGUCCUGCUACACAACUUUUCUUGCUUCACUGGCGAGUUGGAUCACUUCCGUUGCUGUGACACCUGCAGUCACUCACCACGGGAUUAUGGCCAGGUACCGCACAAUUCACUUAUUUUCGUAGAUUAUCUUCUAGUAAUCUAUUUGCGUUAAACUCUCUGUCUGUGUAAUAAUUCUAAAAUCAGGCCCUUCUUGCGUGUAAAAGAAGUGUUAGUGUGUUACUUAGACGUUUCUUUUUUCUAACGCUAGAUGGCUUUCCGAUAAUUUUCAGCUGUCAAAACAGUCAGUUUCAG